AUGGACAAUUCAAUUAGAGUCAAUUUUCCUCCUGUUUCACUUAAGGUAAGAACUGACUCUAUGUUUUGUCGGUUGAUGCUGUUUUUGCCCUCAUUUGUGAACUGGAGGUCCAUAUCAGCGCAGGAUCAUUUCAUUACAAUACUAAACUUAUCGUUUCUGUUUUCUGUUUUUUUGUUUGUCAUGUAAAUUAUUUCCUUUGUUAAACGGUUAUUGUUUUAUUUCUAGAUUGUUGUUGCUGUUCAUUUCGUUUUAACAAUUUGGUAAGUUCUCUGUCAGCUAUUUUUAUUUGCAACAAAAUUUAGGAAAGCCUGUAAAUCAUGUGACAUUUUGGGGUUAAUAAAUCAUUGCUAUUUUGAUAUCGUGAUCAUAUGAUAUUACAGUAUUUGUUGCUUUAUUGUGCACUUUAUCAUAAUAUUCCUUUUAAAAAGUGAUGUAUAUUUUAUGAUCACAAAUAUGAUCGCUUAAAGGUAGCCUGCAAAAGCGGGCGUAUUUUGCAGGGCGAACGAUUUGGACGUUGAACUGACGGGGAGUUAGGGCGAGUCAAAAAAUGAUUCCAAGGGAGAGGUUGAUGGGUCAAAAUAGGGGAGGGGACCACCGCGGUCGAACGUCUAAAUCGUUAUUUUUGUUUUUUAUUGCUGGGAUUUCAUUUACCAGUUAGAGAAAAAUGGGCAAAGAUGUAUAAAUCAGUUAGUCAACAUAGCUAUCUUUCCAUUUUUCUCAAAAUUUUGAGCUUUUUUCGCUGAAAACGCUUCGCGCUAAUUUUAGUAAACUUUUAAAAAGUUUAGUAAACUAACAGGAUGUUGGUAAUACCCUAAACUUUCGAUAGUGAAAGUAGCAACCUUAACUUUGAAGUAUUUCGCUUAACUUUUGCAAAUUUCACUCGUUUGACCACUGUGAAGGGAGGGGUAAGGGAGGAAAAAUAUGCCUGCACGCAGCCAUAGUUCAUUGGCGAAUGCCAUACACUGGAUAAAUGAGGGCUCUGCUGGUGUGGUGUUGGAUGCCAACAUUUGAUGAAUGAAACAAGAUGGAAUAAGCGUGAUAAAGUUUGAGGCAGCGCAACUUCACUUUUUAAGUAACAUUUUUGUAGUCCUUGCCGUCAUUGUUGCUUAAGCUCCUUAAUGAGUAUCAAAUUCCCUCCCCUGCUCAGGGCCUUACUCUAGCAGAGCCCGGUGGCCCAUGGUACCAAACAUUUCCUCUUGGGUGACUAGAAAAUCUUUAGUUACUUUUGCCAUCUUUUCUUGAUAUUGUUUAUUACUUAAUUAUCACUACUCAUGCAUUAUAUUAUUAUCAUGAUUAUUAUUAUUAUUACAAGUGAUACCAGUAAAAGUAUUAUAAUUAUUAUUUUACACUUUAUAAAGCCUCCAGUUUAUAAACCUUAAAAUAAUUUGAUCAAAAGGGUUAGCUUUUUGUUUUUCUUAGGUGCGGCAUAUUUAAUUUAUACGACGAAGUCACGGCUCAAGGUUGUCCGCUAUAGUGAGAAGUGAUUUCAUUUGCUCUUAUUGAAAUGGAUGGAUGAAACUUGAUCACUCUUUUUGAUAUACAAAUCAGGUCCAGUGACAUACAAAUCAUGUCAAAGAAUAGGAAAAUCAACUAUUACUGUUGAUUCUUAAGUCGUGGCACAAGCUGAUUAAUAAAAUGGAUUUACCAAGAGAGAUACGAAUUACUCUUACUGAAAAGAAAACAACAACUUAAUAACAGCCUGCAAACCACUAAACUGAAACUUAUGUCAUGUUAGGCCUCUUUCAAACAUGGAAUUUCUUAUGAGUGCCAAACACCUAUUUUAGUCGAUCAAAGUAAUUAAAUAUGGCAGUCAAUUCAGACAUCAAAUUUGAUGGUGCUCAAGAAAAUGAUGGUGCUGGUGCUCUAGAAAAAUUUUUUGAUCCAAUUUGGAUAAGGGUUUCUCAGGGUUGUCAGAAAGUUUUGAAGUAGAUGGCUAAGUUGUCAAAGUAAGCGGCCAGUCCAGGGAUAUUUUAUUUAAAAAACGCCAUCCGUAAAGAAUGCUAAGCAGAGUAGCCGGCCGAUACUAACCAAGUAGGCGGCGAUUUUCACCAGCAGCCGGCAGCUGGUUUCUAUAAUUAAUGCAUUAUAUUCGGCACAUGUGAAAUGCGACUUGUAAAUCAAAAUGAUGUUGAAUUUAAGUCGAAUUUUCAGCCGUUUCAGUCGCAGAGUUGACAAAGUCGUAUUAAAUUUGAAACUGUCAAAUUUUAUUUAGUUGAUUUAGUGGUCCCAUCUCAAAGCAGUUACCUCUCAAAUUAAGUUAGGCACAUGUGAAAAUCGACAAUUGAGCUGGGUAACAGCUUCCAUUAUUACUAAAAAUACCGGUAGAUACGCUAUGAUACAUACUGCAUUUUUUAUAUUCCUGUAAUCCCUGCUUUCAAUUUACCACAUUAUGUUACUAGCUAUAUACACCACACAGGUAAAAAAGAGAGUAAAAAAAGAUUUUAAAAGAACAAAAAUAGUAAGUUUACAAAAAAUUGGCGUCAAGGGGAUUCGAACCCAAACCCUCAGAAUCAGUUAGAACUAAAAGUUAAUGCCUCUCACUAUCCACAGGACCACCCGGGUAAAUGCUGACAAUUUGAGUUUAAAAGAGGUAUAUAUUCCUUCUCUAUGGUGAUUGACAGUUUUCAACUGAUUGAAGCUAGAUGUAAAGCUCACAAUUAACACAUUAAAAUACUCUUUCAGGAUUGGUCCAUGCCGGGGAACGUUUAACAAAUUUAUGAACUAUCAAUCAAGCGGCUACCGACUGAACCAUAUGACCUACAAUUUCAACUCAUUAAUGAAAUCUUUCUCACAGCAACAAAAAACGAAAUUCGGAAAUAGUCGCAUGACUGAUGAUGUCAUGACCUUAGAUGUGACAUGGGAAGAUAUUUUAUGGCAAAUGUUAUCUUGUGCUCUGGCAGUCUUCUACGUAUAAAAUUGUCAAAGGUAUAAUAAAGCUUUUUAAAAAAUUGCCUCAAAGGACUCUGGGAGAUUCUUUUAUGAUAAUUAUAAUUUACUUUUAUAAUUAUUAUUAUACUUCAAGUAUUAACUGUUAAUGAAUAUUUUAUUCCAUUUUAUUUUUGCAAAGGGGAGAUCAGAUAGGAUGGCUACCUGGCUCGUAUCUAUUUUGUAAUUUAUUGGUAUUGGCAGUGGGGGUCUGGGCUAUAGCUUCACCAACAAAUGAGGAUGCAUCUCAAAUGGUAAUUGCUUAUUAUAAAUCCCUUUCACUGCUGCAGUGCAUAAAAGUAGAAUAAUUUUCAUUGUUAUGCUGUACCUCUUUUGCACGUGUAGGGGUACUUUUCUACAUUUACAAAGAAGUGCAGCAGAUGCAUGUUUUCAUUGCUGAAGGGAGGAGGGAGGGGCAAAAAACAAAAGUAUAAAUAGAGCUCUCAUGGCAUGGACACGUAAGACAAUGAAUUGAUGAUGGUAUCCUGUAUGUAAUUAUUAAUAAAUUGUAUUAUAAUAUGCCCAGUAUAUAUAAAUUCUAAUAUCUGUACCAGUACCCAGGGGUGAUACGAAAAUUGUUUGUUGUAAAAUCCUUAGAUAUAGUAAAAGCAGAAUUAUGCAGAAAGUCUGCCAAAGAGGUUUCAUUUUAAUGGUAACACAACAGAACUUCACUCCCUUUCUUAAAAGUUAGAGAGACAAUGUAUUUCACCAGGCCCCAGUUGUUCAAAUGGUGGAUAGCACUAUCCGAAGGAUAAAUCUCUGUCCACUGGAUAGUGCAAUUGGUUUUCCAAACACUUAUCUGCUGGAAAUGAUUUAUCCAGUAGAUAACGCUAUCCAACGUUUGAACAACCAGGGCCAGAUAGCUAAUGUUCUAGUCAGGGCUUCUGAUAUUUCGCACAGUCGCGGAGCUGUGACAUUCGGGUAAAUCCACGAAAUUCACAAAAACACGCAAAAUGCCGCGAAAUUCGGUAAAAAUCUUAUCAAAUACUUGUCUGUACAACAUAUUUGAAACUUAUUUCAGCUAUUGGGGCUAUUUACUUGCUGUAAACGUGCAAAUUUAUCUUGAAACUUCGUCACUGAAACAUGCAACCAACGUCCCAAAACUACCAGACGUGAUUAUGUUGGCAAAUUAACCGGGCACUAGUCAUGAUGUUAAAGGCUUUGCCAGUGGUUCAUUUCUUGAGCAUAUUGUUAAAAGAGCAAAUGAUAACCUCUGUUAGAAAAACAUUAAAAACACUGGUCUGAUCAGCACAAAACCGACUGAUUUCCAGCAAAAUUUGCCUUGAAAAUAAUCACAAAAUCGGCCAUUUUUUAUCGAUUGCUUUUUGGAAAAGUUUGCUCCGAAAUUUCCCACAAAAUUGGCCAAUUUUUCACGAAUUUGUCCCUAAAAAUCCCGCAAAAUUUGACUUUUUUUCUGUGACCUAUCAGAAGCCCGAGUAGUUGUGAGAGGGUCAGUAACUUUAAACUCUGAUUACAAUAAUAUUUUGAGUUUUCUAUUUUGAAAAAUGCAGCUUUUAUAAUCAAAGAAUAUACUAAUAAAUAAAUUAUUGUAUUUUUUUUCUGCAAGUUCUGAGUUAGUCUCCCUCGCAGCCCUUUUUUUCCCAUCACUCAAUGCUCCUCCCCAACAAAUGGCUGCUCACAUUCAAACCACCUUCCUUUCCCGAUUUGAAUCAAUCACAGCUAUGGAACCUUCUAUUUUUGGAACUGUUUUAUGGCUAAUAAUCCUCUUACAUAUGUUGGCCAAUCAUAGUCUGCAUUCUUUUGUCUCAUAUUUAAGGUGUCAAGUUGUCUCCUGGAAAGCCGUUUAAUAUUUGUCUGAUCAUUUACAUCAUCAUGUUGUGAAUAAAACAGACUUGGAAUUGCUAUGAUUUGACUACUUAUCCAGGGUGAGAAUUAAAACUGACAUCCGCUUAAGUUAUUUGUGAUUUUUCCAAUUCCAAUUCCAAUUCCACAUAUGCUUUACCUGACCUUAUCUGGUCUGCGUCUACAUGUGACAGGACUUUAAUAACAAUGCUGAUGAUCUGAUGACAGUUUUUUUUUUUUGCCAAAACAAAUUUUCCUCAAAGGGAAGUUUACUGAUCCAGCUUUUAUACCAAGCAUUAUUUAAUACAGUUUAAAGUCGCCCAUUUUAGUGCCAAAUGAGUGCGCUUUUCAGUUUUUGCCACAGAAAACCUCAAUCAUCGAUUCAGAUUUAAUGAAAGAAAACAGGCUGAAGCAAAACAGAUUCGGGCCCCUUCACGGGUGACACCUCUGAUGCAACCAGAAAUCACAGUGGCUCAUUCUUUGCGCAAAAAACUGAUGUUAUUUUCAGGUUACUGAUAAAUGAUUGGUCAUUUCUGUGGGUUAAUAAUAUUAAAAAAAAUCAAAUCAAUUGGAAAGGAAUGUGAGCAGCUGUUUGUUGGGGCGGAGCAUUUUAAUUAGGUGACGAGACAAAAACGGCUGUGAAGGAGACUAGAACUCACUUGAAAUAUAUUGAUAAGAAUAACAAUUAAUAAUAUCAAAAUCAGGAACUGUGGGUUGAAGAAUUUAGUGAAAGAAGAUCGAUCAUCCUAGUUAUAGGUGCAACUUUUGCAGUUGCAAAAAAAGCUAAAAAAUUCAGGCUCCAGUGUACAGGUUUGAAACUCUUGACCUCUGCAUCAAACUGGUGCAGCGUUCUACCAAUUUAUUGAGCUAUAUAACAAAGCCAUUGAACUGGGUGCUGGUCAUUGAGUUGAUUCAUUAUUAACCCAUGAAAGGAUGAUGAUGAAUAUAUGAAAAGAAAAAUGCUAAAGUUGUGCCUAUUACUGUCAAGUGAUGAUCUUCUUUCAAUUAGUAACUCAUUAAUUUAUCCUGUGUGCAUUAUUAAUAUUACACAAUUUGCAUAUACAGUACUAAUGAGAGAAACUACUUUUUAUUGGCAGAUUAAAAUGUUGUUGUUAUACUAUUGUUUUUGCAGUUUUUGCUUGGAAUGCUGUUUACCAUCUUACAUGACAUCAUAGUAAUCGCAAUCUAUUAUCAUUCUGUUUGUGGUGACUCUGGUCCUGUUAAUUGUGAUUGUAAGUGUUAAAAAACCUAUCAAAAAUUAUUUUCAAAAUUUUGGAAUCACAGUUCAAGGAAUUGCAGAUAUUGAUCCCCACCUACCUUACAGAGAUUUAUGAUCAUUGUAUUAAUCAAAUAAGGAUUUCCAUGUUUAACUUUAACUUAGUUGAUACAGUAGUUAUUCACGAUAACAUAUUGUGAGCAGGCACAGCAGGGUACCACUGUAACAUGUUCAUCAGACAUUAAUUUUUCUUUUAAUUUGCGGCCAAAUUAGCUGAAAGAAAAAAGACUCUUGAUUGUGUGCCCUUCAGAACUGUUCAUGGCCUAUUGCUUUAUCUUUGGAUUAAGAAAUUUUCAGUUCAGAGCUUCUGAGCUGCUCCAGCACAGCUUUUUAUUAUCAUUUCUAUCAGCUCAACCUUGGCUGUUCAUCAUGGUUCGAUCUAUACAGCUCUAAUGCAUGGUUGUCAUUAAGAUUGGCAGGAAAACAUGUCAGUUAAUUGAAGAGAAGAUCAUCCCAGCUCAAAAACAGAACUUAUGCAGUUGCGAAAAGAAAGUCUGAAAAAUUUCAGGCUUGCUGGGGUAAGAACCCUGACCUCUGCGAUACCGGUGCAGUGCUCAAAUGAACUGUCAAAAUGUUGAGUUAGUAUUAGCCAACUUAGAGCUGGUCAUUAAAAAUAAAAGAAAAUAAAUAUGAAAAGAUGAAGAUAAAAUGAACAUCAUCAAAAGGCAUAUAUUCAUCUUUUUCUAUACAAUUAGUUGAUCUUAAUUGCUGCUAUUUUCUUUGUUAUUGCUUGCAAAGAGCUGAAACUUGCACAAACUGCAUACGUUAACCAGCUCUUUUCAUUGUUGAACCUAACUGUUGUAUACAGCUACACCGUCUAUGGGUUAACUCGUAUGCUAAUGACCAAAAAUGUAAACAAUGACAUCACGAUCAAUCCGCCCAUUAGUAGCAGAUUUGGGCUUCCUAAAAUCUUUUUCAGGGCACAGCCCGGGUAAAAUAUGGUUGUGGUAUUCAGCUGCAUUAGAUAUAUUUUCAUCAAUAUUUUUUUAUCCUUUUGUUUGUCUUUAUACAGCAUCUCACUACAGAUUUUGUGUUGGGUAUCCUUUUCAGUACUGCUUUAACAUUACAUUGUCUUUCAUUUUUUCUUUUUUAUAAUAAUAAUUUAAUUAUUUACUAAGUUAAUGACUCGAUGAUCUUUACCAACUUGGCAAUGUAGUUUCUGUGGCAUGUCCUCCAUCAAAUUGUUGGUUUCUCAAUGAAGUCAUCGCAUAUCAAGUUAAAUAUUUUAAGGCAAUUUUCUUUUCCUUAUAAAAAUCACUUUUUCUGUCUAGCCAAUACAGGAGACUGCAUAUAUGCUGGAAUAAUAUAGUCUGUACUGAGACAUGCAUGUUAACUAGUACAUAAUUGAUUUUCCUUGACAUUUCACUUAUUUUACUAGAAUGGCUAUUCUGAGUUUGAUUUUAAAGGUACAGACUGAGAUAAUAAUUAAAAGGCAUAUUAUUAUUAUUAUUAUUAUUAUUAAUGUUUUUAUUAUUAUUAUUAUCAUCAUCAUCAUCAUUAUCAAGAGAUUUCUAAUCAAGAGAUUAAACUGCAACACCAUCUAACAUCUCAAGGUUUCUUCUUCUCAAUGUUAUCAAGUAUUUUAUUGUCAUCUGUCAAUUCUAUUUGGUCAGAGGCCCAGUCUCAUUUACCCAAGAACAUUACAAUUUUACCAUCAGCUACAUCAAUCAACUCCCUUCCUACAUGUAGGAAUAUGGCAAGAUGGGGAUUAUCACAAAGUCCUGGUUGCUCCUUUUGCCUUAAUUCUGAAUCACUCUUUCACAUUGUCACUGGUUGUCAACAGUACCUUGAUUGCUUCACCUGGAGACACAACUCAAUCCUUAACUUCAUCGCCAACUCACUUCAACCCGUAAUUAAUGUUCACUCUACACUCUAUGCCGAUGUUAAUGGUUUUCUGAAUCCCUCAAUAAUAACUGGUGAAAAUUUAUUGUCCAGAUCUUCUUUUCCUAAUAAUAUAAUCCAGUUCAAGUGCCUAUAUGUUCUAGAAUUAACAGUUGGUUUCGAGUCUAACCUUAAUAGCAAUGCAGUGCAUAAAAAAGAAAAAUAUCUGAACUUGAUCAAAGAAAUGGGUAGAAAUUACAGAUGUAUGAAAUUCAUAAUCUUAUCCUUGAGCUCCCUUGGCAUUUUCUCCUAUGAAUGCUGCACGUUCUUGGACAUGAUGAAUGACAUUGACAUUGACAAAAUGCAGCAACAUUAUAUAAUCAAAAAAAUGAUAAAUAUAGCCAUUAGAGCAACAUAUUACAUCUUUUGUUGUAGAAAUAAGAGUUGGGAUAGCCCAGACUUAAUACAAUUAAAUUGAAUUUUUUGUUUUUUUGAAUAAUUCAAUAUCAAGCAGCCAAUUGUAAAUUGCCUAUACAUAGCGAGAUUAACAAUAUUGUACAUUCAAAAACACAAAUAAAGUUUCCAUUACUAUUAUUGAUGUGCAGUUUUUGUUUGGCAGGGAGUAAUACAUACAUGUAUGUCAAUCCAGGAUCUCUUUUGAAUUUAGUAACGAUGUCCUAAUUAACAUCAUUCCAGUUUGCUGCAAUUAAGCUGCUAGCACUUUUUCUGCUUCAUGGUCAUUGCUGUUUUUCUUUUGAGCUAAGUUUUACAUGACUGUAUCAGUCAAGAUGUGAAUAUUUUAUAACAAAAUAAUUAUUAAGUAAUUGUAUAAUAAUAUUAAUAACAGUUCAAUACUACAGGUGUAUUAACCACUCCAGAAAAAAGCCAUCAAAAUUGUGCAUAAGCAUUGUCUUCACUUUUUCUAAUGGAAGUUAAAAUGCCCCCAAGAGAAACUGAGAACAAAGCCAAGAAUGCAAAAUUUUGGGGUGACAAACAAAGAGCAUUAUGGUAUGUAAUGGCUUUUUCUGGAGUGGUCAAUUACAUGGCAAAUGUUUUUAUUUAAUGUACAUUGUGCCCGUCAUUUUUAUAGGGCAUUUUUUACAAAUGUACUUGCUUAGAUUCAAUGUUAGAUGUCAAAAAUUGUCUCAAUCUCUCUCCUUACAAUACUCAGUAGAUGCUAAUUAACCUUAUUUAUAAGUAUUUGCACUGAUUACCAAAGCUGCUAGGUUCUAUUUUUUGUUUUUCAUUCAUUUUAAUCCACAUUAUCUAAAAUUAAUGUUCCUUUUUCUGUCUAUAGCCACUAUCUUGUCUGCUUAUUUUUCAAAAUCAUCGCAGCAGAGGUGGAGAACAAGGCUACAGUUGGUCAGGUAUGAUGUAGAACUCCCCUCCUACCCCUCCCCUAAUCCAAAUUUAACACUUACCUCUCCCUUUGGUAAAAAAAAUGUUGGGUUAUAAGGGAGGGGUAGGUGGGCAGUUUCAUAGAAUCUGUUACUGAACUGUCAUGUCACUUCACUUAUACCCUGAAGAUAGCAACUUUAUGGAGGUUCAAUUGUAGUACAAAAAGGUGUGAAAAAAAUUUUCUUUAUAAUAAUUUUUUAUUGUACAGUGACAGAUUGUAUGAAGAUAUACCAGCUUAUUUGUUUCCUGUUUCUAUGCAAUGUUCAAAAGCUUCAUAAUAAGCUAAAUAAGCUAAAGCUAAAUAAGCCCCUCCAAAUGUUUUGAUUGCAGUCAGAAAGUGUCAUUGUUUAUUGCUGUUAGUGUAGUCCCUCUUCACUCUUGGCUUGGAUUUCCUCAGUCCAUGCAGACAAAGUACUUGCAUGGCUGUGUUUUAGAAGGGUCUACGUCUUCAAGGCAAGUUUUAGUAAAAACGUUCUGCAAAUUACUGACAUAAAUUUCCUUCCAACUAGAAGCUAGCCCAAUCGAUUGUAAGAUGCAAAUUUUCCUCCAAGUAUGAGCCUAGCCGAUUUUGAGAUGCAACUUCUCUCCAUAUAUAAGCCCCUCAAUCAAAAAGGGCCUUUGAAAAUUAUAAGCCCCGGGGCUUAUUUUCGGAAUUUUAUUGUAAAUAUCAAAUGAAGCAGGAUUGAAAAAAAAUAAUUUUUGUAAGUUUCCAUUGCAGGAACUCCUUACGUGACCAUAGAAGGCCACACAAGCUCUCAGCCACAACAAGGCUACACGCCAGUUCCUGCUCCAGGCCAACCGUCUUCCUCAUAA